AUGGCAACUCAAUCCUCCUUCCCACCUCUCCAAUCCACACUUGACCUCAACAAUCCGCAAUAUCGGGCCAACCGGGAAACAUGGAAAACCGUCCUCGACAAAUUUGAAGAGGCUUUGGAACAGGUCUGUGCCGAGGGCAACGAUGCGUCUCUGGCACGACAUCAGAAACGGGGGCAAUUACUACCCCGCGAUCGCAUUUCCCUCUUGUUGGACCAGGACUCGCCCUUUCUGGAGAUCGGUGCCUUCGCCGGGUAUAGGAACCCCGAUUCAACGCCGUGUGCGAAUUUGAUUGCGGGGAUUGGGAAUGUCAGUGGCCAACCAUGUAUGCUCAUGUCACAUAUCCCGACCCAGAGCGGCGGGGCCUGGAACGAGAUGACAGUACUCAAAACGAAUCGAAUCAUGGAGAUUGCCUUUCAGAACGAUUUGCCGCUCAUUUCACUAGUACAAUCGGCCGGUGUCUUCCUCCCGCAGCAAUUUCGAGUCUUCCACAAAGGAGGCCAACUCUUUCGGGAUCUCGCCGUGCGUACCCAACAUGGCAAACCCUCCUGCGCGAUCGUCUUUGGCUCCUCGACUGCCGGAGGAGCCUAUCACCCCGCCCUCUCCGAUUACACCAUUUUUGUCGAGAACCAAGGGCAGGCGUUUCUGGCGGGACCGCCGCUGGUGAAAAUGGCGACCGGGGAGGUGAUCGAAGCGGAGGCGCUGGGCGGGGCGAGGGUACAUGCCACGACGACUGGGCUUGCAGAUCAGAUUGCGUCAGAUGAGCUGGAUGCAAUCCGUAAAGCCCGAGAGUGGGUAGCUACCCUGCACACCCCAUCACCUAAGACACUCGUCGACACCAUCGAGCCCCGACCCCCAAGAUACCCCGUUGACGACCUGCUGAGUCUGGUGAACCCCGAUAUUCGAAAGCCCUUCGAUAUGCGUGAGGUCCUCCUACGGUUGAUCGAUGACUCGCGACUGUCGGAAUUCAAGCCGGAAUACGGACGCAAUCUGAUUACGGGCUGGGCGCACUUCUACGGAAUCCAAGUUGGCAUCAUCGCCAACCAAAUCUCAGUAAUAAACCCAACCGAAGCCGCCAAAGGCGCGCAGUUCAUCCGCAUGUGCAACCAACUAGACACCCCCCUGCUCUUCCUUCACAACGUAACCGGCUUCAUGGUUGGCGCCAAAGCCGAACACGCUGGCAUCAUCCGCACCGGCGCGCAACUCGUGGCCGCCGUCUCCACCUCGACUGUCCCGCACAUCUCCAUCAUCCUGGGCGCCUCCUACGGCGCCGGAAACUACGCCAUGUGCGGCCGGGCCUACGGACCCCGGUUCCUGUUCACCUGGCCUAGUGGCCGGUGUAGCGUGAUGGGGCCAGAUCAGCUGUCCGGCGUGAUGGAGAGCGUGCAGCGGAGCAGCGCAGCAGCCAAGGGGAAGGUGCUGGAGCCGGAGGAGUUGCGGGCGCGGGUGGAGCGGUUUCGGGUGGGAGUGCAAACCGAUGCGGACUGUUAUGCAACGAGUGGGAGUUUGGUGGAUGAUGGGGUGAUUGAUCCUCGGGAUACAAGGGAUGUGGUGGGGAUGUGUUUGGAGGUUGUAGUAAGUGGCGCGGGGAUUAAAGGGGCGGGGGGGCAUCGGUUAUUGGCGAGGAUUUAG